AUGGACAAGGCUGCCAAGUCCGCUCCCGGCACGAAGAAGGGCUCCAGUGCACAGAAGAAGGACAGCAAGAAGCGCAAGCACAGCUGCCAGGAGAACUACUCGGUGUACGUGUAUAAGGUGCUCAAGGGGAGGCACCCCAACACCGGCAUCUCGUCCAAGGCCAUGGGCUUCAUGAACCCCUUCCUCAAAGACAUGUUUCAGCGCAUCGCAGGCGAGGCAUCGCGCCUGGGGCGUCAGCACAGGCGCUUGACCAUCACGAUCCAUGAUAUCCAGUCGGCCGUGCGCCUGGUCCUGCCACAAAAGCUGGCCGAGAAGGCCUUGCAAGAGGGCAUGGAGGCCGUCACCAAGUACGACAACUUCCAGUGA